AUGUCGCAAAAUCGGCCUGCAGCCUUCUCGAGUCUGAGGAUGGGAGAGGUGAUCCGCGAGAAGGUCCAAGACGGUGUUACAGGAGAGACUCGAGACAUGCAAUACACGCAAUGUAAGAUCGUUGGCAACGGAAGCUUCGGUGUUGUCUUUCAGACGAAGCUCUCACCUUCGGGUGAGGAUGCCGCCAUCAAGCGUGUUUUGCAGGACAAGAGAUUCAAAAAUCGUGAGCUGCAGAUUAUGCGCAUCGUCCGACACCCAAAUAUCGUCGAGCUGAAAGCCUUUUACUACUCGAAUGGUGAACGAAAGGAUGAAGUCUACCUCAACCUCGUACAAGAGUACGUCCCUGAGACCGUCUACCGGGCAUCGAGAUAUUUCAACAAGAUGAAGACGACUAUGCCCAUUCUCGAAGUCAAACUAUACAUCUACCAACUCUUCCGUGCCCUCGCAUAUAUCCACUCCCAAGGCAUCUGCCAUCGCGACAUCAAGCCACAAAAUCUUCUGUUGGAUCCCAGCACUGGCGUUCUGAAGCUCUGCGAUUUCGGAAGCGCAAAGAUAUUGGUAGAAAAUGAGCCAAACGUCUCGUAUAUCUGUUCCCGUUACUACAGAGCCCCCGAGCUGAUUUUCGGCGCCACCAAUUAUACAACAAAGAUCGAUAGAUUGUCGGCCAUUGAUGCUAUGGUUCACCCAUUCUUUGAUGAGCUGCGAGACCCAUCGACCAGAUUUCCUGAUUCGCGUCAUCCAAAUGGUCCAGUCAAGGAUCUGCCCACACUCUUUGAUUUCUCUCGCCAUGAUGAAGACGACUACGACCGCCGACCCCAACGGCGCCGCUACGAAGAGCCCCUCUCCUCCAAGAUCCGCAAGCAGUUCCUCUCGCUGGCCGAAUCGCCGCUCAAGCGCGUCGAGGACGAGAUCCACUUCCUCGCCAAGACGAUCGUCGAUAAUUGGGAGGAGGCGGAGGUCAAGGAGGGGUUCUUUGAGGUGGUGGAGUGCAUGGUGAGGGAGCAGAGCUUCAAGGUGCCGUUCGUGGCUGCGGUGGUGUUGUGCAUUAAUGGGAUGAAAGGGGAGGUGGUGAGGGAGGUGGUAGAGAGGAUGGGGAGCAGGCUGAACGACGGGAUUGAGAGGGGUGAGUGGAGGGAUGUCAAGUUGUGCCUGAAGUUUUUGGGGGGCUUGCAGGGCGUUCUGGAGGGAGAGGGGGUGUGGAUUGUUUUGCAGGAUUUGUUGACGAAGGCGGUGGAUUUGCAGACGGAGAAUAAUGAGGAGACUAUUGGUCCCGAGCUGGUCAAGAUCAUCCUGUUUACGAUCCCGUAUAUCAUGGCUUCGUCAGCAACCGAUAGCCAGGAGAGAGCAACGGGCAUGAUCGAGAACACGGAUAUCAUUGCCAGCGAGCCGCAUGUGUUGCAGGCGCUGGUUGAUCCGUAUCCUGGUAAUGGCAAGGAGGAAGCCACGACACCGAGUGGAGUUCUCAUGUUACUGCAGAAGCAAUUGCAGAAUGAAGCUGCUACGGGAUGGGAGCUUGCUUGUCUUCCGAGACCCUGGAGAUUCCUGCUCGAGGGAUUCGGAGACGAACCCCAGAAUCUGGGACCAAAGCAUUUUCUUCCUAUCAUCAACAUCCCUGAAGUCGCCAGCGCUGGCCCGAGACCGCUAUUCCCUGAGCUGUACUUCUCGGUUUAUGCGAACCAAGAUGUUGAGACUGUGCCGCCGACUACGGAUAUUGCGUCUUGUCUUUUGAGGGAUGCGGUUAUUGAUACUAUCAAUAUCCUUGAUUUCAACAGGACGGCUACUGCGAGAUUUCUGAUCGAUAUCGAUUGCUAUUUCUCGCCGGGUACUUUUGUUAAGAGGGCUACUCCUUUUGAUAGGCUACGGGAUAUUGAGGGUGAUAGGUCGACUUGGAAGCCGGAAGAUGUGGCUGUUGAUGCUGUCUUCUCGCAACUCUUCCAACUUCCUUUCCCGGAGCACAAGUUGGUCUAUUACCACUCUGUCCUCACAGAAGCGUGCAAGAUUGCUCCAGCAGCCAUCGCACCCAGUCUCGGAAGAGCAAUUCGAUACCUCUACCGCAGCGUCGAUUCCAUGGAUCUCGAGCUGAGCUACAGGUUCAUGGACUGGUUUGCUCAUCAUUUGAGUAACUUUGGCUUUACGUGGAAGUGGACUGAAUGGAUUGACGACGUGGAGCUUCCGUCUUUGGAUCCGAAGAAGGCUUUUAUUCAGGGUUCGCUGGACAAGGAGAUCCGGUUGAGCUUUGCGCAGAGGAUUAAGGGGACUUUGCCUGCGCCGUAUCAGAAACUCAUCACGGAGGAGAAGGAGAAGGAUACACCUGAUUUCAAGUACAACAAAGAUGCCCUCGACAUCUCUCUCCCCGACCCCCUCGUCCUAUCCACCGACGCCUACGUGACGGCAAUCUGCUACAUCGGCUCCAAGUCCCUCUCCCACGUCCUCUCCUGUAUCGAGCGCUGCAAAGAGCGCCUCCUAAGCCUUGGCCCGCAAUCCCCUAACGCCCGGAAACAGAUCAUCGAGUCUGUAAUGGAGUACUGGAAGGACCAGCCGGGCAUCGGCGUCAAUAUCGUGGACAAGCUGCUUAAUUACACGAUUCUUAGUCCGGCGAGCGUGGUGGAGUGGGCGUUGGGGAAGCAGGGGAAGAGGCUCGGUGAGGCGUUUGUGUAUGAGAUGGUUUCUGCUACUGUUGGUAAAGUCACGGGGAGAGUGAGACAGGUUGUCCGGGCGACGAAAGCGCCUGGCUUGACUUCUGAACAGCGGAAGCUGUUGGAGGGACCUGCGGAGAGCGAAAGGGGGAGUAUGAGGGAGUUGUUCCGCUUGAUGGAGGAUUUGCUCGUUGGUUGGGCGAGCGGGUCAAAGGAUCAGGUGUUAGAGAGUGGUGAUGGGGAGAGCGAGGGCGAGAAGAUGGUUCGGCAGUGGGGGGAGCGGUGGUUGAGGGUUUUCAGGCGGAAGUUUGCGGUCGAAGAGGCAUGGGGUUUGGAGGUGGGGAAGCAGAGGGUUGAGGAUGUUGUGGCAGUCCCGGAGGCGAAUGGCGGGAAUGGAGGGGUUGAGAUGGUGGAGUAG